ACUAAGAAUGGAGCCGACUCCGAACAAAAUGUAGUUUGAAUCCGAACUGUGGAAAUAGUUUUUAUACCGAAGGAAAAAGUUUGAGUUUGAGUUUUUAGCCAUUCCCAGUUAUUCUCUGCAUGCCAGCUACUUCCCAGUGUCGACCACGGACUGUAAUUUAAUGAACGUACGGCUGCACCCACGUGGUUUGAUCGAGGAGACUGCAGAUUCUUUUGUUCAAAAUCAAUCAAAAACGAGGAAGACGGACAGGAGAGGAGCAUCAGAACCAGGAAAUUCCUUCGUCAAAUAUCUAGCGUUAUAUCACCAGCUAAAAAAAGAGAUACGCGGCACCACAAAGUUUUGUGUUUUUUUUUUCCUCCAACUUUAGCAAGCUAGCUAGUUGAGAAAGAGACAAACUUUUUCUGCCGUUAUUGUGUGAUCUAGAGACCAUGCCACGCAAGAAGGUGACAGACGCUUCUUCAGGGAACGGUGGAAUCAAGAGGAAGAGGGGCGGAGGCAGGAGGAAGGACAGAGAGUUCAGCAGCGACGACGAGUUUGAUGACUUUGAGCAGGAGAACACGAAGAAGCCCGGCAGGCCGGCCUCUAAGUCUGGCUUGCAGCCGGUUACUGUAGCCGACGAUGUCAAGGAGAAGAUCAAACUGGAAUGCUCCAAGGUCAAAGGACAGCUGCUGAUCUUCGGGGCCACCAACUGGGACCUGAUCGGACGGAAGGAGGUGCCCAAACAGCAAGCGGCCUACAGGAACCUGGGCCAGAACCUGUGGGGCCCGCACCGGUACGGCAGUCUGGCCGGGGUGCAGGUGAGCACCGUGGUGUCUGGACCCUGCGCCGCCCACAGCCUGCUCAUCACCACCGACGGCAAGCUCUGGAGCUGGGGCCGCAAUGAGAAGGGUCAGCUGGGCCACGGAGACACCAAGCGCAUCGAGGCGCCCAAGCUGGUGGAGGCCCUGGGCGAGGAGGUGAUUGUGGCUGCAGCCUGCGGACGCAACCACACCCUGGCGCUAACAGAGAAUGGAAUGGUGUAUUCUUUCGGGGAGAACAAAUUGGGGCAGUUGGGCCAUGGCAACCAGACUGAUGCAGUGCCCACGCCAGCGACGAUCCAGUACAACGGGCAGCCCCUGGUGAAGGUGUCCUGUGGGGCGGAGUUCAGCAUGGUGGUGGACUGCAAGGGCAACCUCUACUCAUUCGGCUGUCCCGAGUACGGCCAGCUGGGGCACAACUCGGAUGGGAAGUUCAUCGCGCGCGCUCAGCGCAUAGAGUUCGACUGUGAGCUGAUCCCGCGCCGCGUGGCCAUCUUCAUCGAGAAGACCAAGGACGGCCAGGUGCUGCCCGUGCCCAACGUGGUGGUGCGGGACGUGGCCUGCGGGGGAAACCACACGCUGGUGCUGGACUCCCAGAAGCGCGUGUUCUCCUGGGGCUUCGGCGGGUACGGCCGGCUGGGUCACACCGAGCAGAAGGACGAGAUGGUGCCGCGCCUCGUCAAGCUGUUCGACUUCCCCGGGCGCGGGGCCGCCCAGAUCUACAGCGGCUACCAGUGCUCCUUCGCCGUCAGCGAGAUGGGGGGGCUGUUUUUCUGGGGGGUCACCAACACCUCUCGAGAGUCCACCAUGUACCCCAAGGCGGUGCAGGACCUGUGCGGCUGGAAGAUCCGGAGCUUGGCCUGCGGGAAGAGCAGUAUUAUCAUCGCCGCGGACGACAGCACCAUCAGCUGGGGUCCGUCCCCCACCUUCGGGGAGCUGGGAUAUGGAGAUAACAAGCCCAAGUCCUCCACCACUGCCCAGGAGGUAAAGACUAUGGAUGGUAUUUACUCUGAACAGGUGGUGAUGGGAUACUCACACUCCCUGGUCAUUGCCCGCCAGGAGACCGAACAGGAAAAGGAGAAACUGAAGAAACUGCCAGAGUACAACCCUCGCAUGCUCUGAUUGGCUGCCAGCACUUGACCUCUGACCUCUCACCUCUCACCUCUCUUUUUCCAGAGGUGACUGAUUUCCAUUACCGAGUGCACUCACCCCCCCCUAGGUCACCUGUCGUCCUGGUGUUUUGGUGAUGGUGGUUUUGGGGAGCGAGGGAGGGGGGGGUGGGGGGGGCAAGGGGAUGGUGAUAUAUACAGGGCAUAAACGUACACCUUGACCUCCAAAAGAUACAAAAAAACAAAACAAGUUAAACACCUCACCUCUGAAAAUAGGCCACACCCACCAAGAGGUUCCUCUCCCCC